AUGGAGCGCCUCGGGAAGACGCAGCAGUUCAAGAGAAACUUCCGCUUUUUCACGAUCCUCGGGUUCACCACAACGUUGAUGGCUACUUGGGAGUCCAUUCUACUGACGAGUACCUAUGGCUUGGUCGACGGUGGCAAGGCCGGCAUGAUCUAUGUUUACAUCGCGUCGUUCGUGGGAUUCUUCGCUGCCGUCAUUUCCAUGGCAGAGAUCUCUUCUAUUGCGCCUACAUCGGCCGGACAAUAUCACUGGGUGAGCGAAUUCGCCGCUCCGCGAUUCCAACGCUUUUUGAGUUACUUGACCGGCUGGCUAUCGGUGCUGGGGUGGCAAGCGGGAUUCGCUAGCAUCUGCUUCCUCUGCGGAACUUUGAUCCAGGGACUGCUGGUUUUCAACUACCCGGGCCCCGACGGCUACGUAUACGACUUCCACCGCUGGCACGGCACCCUUCUGACGAUCGCAAUUGCCACGAUCGGCACUGUGAUCAACACGUACGGCGCAAGACUUCUUCCUUCCCUUGAGGGAGUUAUUCUCGGCCUGCAUAUCGGUGGUUUCAUCGCUACUAUGGCCGUCAUGUGGUCCAUGACUUCCCAGGUGGCUCCAGGGGAGACCGUGUGGCAAGAAUUCACCAACUCUGGCGGAUGGUCCGGUAUUGGAUUGGCUUGUCUGGUUGGUCAAUUGACGCCAAUCUUCUCAUGGACCGGACCUGAUGCGGCUACUCACAUGGCGGAGGAGGUUCAAAAUGCCUCAUUGGUGAUCCCUUGGUGCAUGAUCUCGACCGCCUUGAUCAACGGCGGCCUGGGGUUCAUUAUCCUGGUGACCCUCUUAUACAAAAUGGGAGAUCUGACAGAUGCCAUCCUGUCACCCGACAGCGGCUUUUCAUUCAUCCCCGCUGUCAAAUAUGCGACCAACUCAACGGCCGCCACGAACGGGAUUGCGGCAAUCAUCCUGGUCAUGGAGGUCUGCAGCGCGAUCAGUAUCCUCGCGACUGCCUCUCGACAGACCUUCGCCUUUGCCCGUGACAAUGCCCUUCCAUUCUCCAAAUCCCUCUCGCAUAUCAGCAAGCGCCUCCAGAUUCCCGUGACGGCCGUUCUCGUCUCAACCAUCAUCACCGUGCUCCUGAGCUUGAUCAACAUCGGCUCCACCGCUGCAUUCAACGCCAUCGCCUCGGUCAUGAUUGCCGCCCUCUUCACAACCUAUAUCUUGUCGAUCUCGGCUUUCAUCCGUGCUCGUCUGCAGCCAGGUGGGAUUCCGCGCGCCCGCUUCUCCCUCGGCAAGCUGGGACUGCCAAUCAACGUGUUCGCAACUGCGUAUCUCUGCUUUGCUAUCAUUUUCACCUUCUUCCCCACUGCGAAUGACCCGACGCCCGUGGAUAUGAACUGGUCCAUUCUUGUAUUCGGUGUCGUCGUGAUAUUUGCGAUCGUUCAAUAUCUCAUCCAUGGGCGCCAUAUCUAUCAGGCUCCUGUCACGCAAGUCCGCAAGGUGGAGUGA